AUGACUCCAUAAGAAAUAUAAAAUUAAUCUUUUGAGUAUAAAAAUAUAUGGUUUCGAAAUUAAUGCGAAUAAUUAAGAAUUCCUUGGACAUAUGGGAGUGAUUGGAUAUUUAUAAGUUCAAAUAAUGUUUUAUUUGAUAGUGUUGUUAACAUAUAAUAUUGUGAUUUAAGAAGAGAGAUUAAAAUUUAAUUCUCAAAUGAUAUUGUUUAAGAUGCAGGAGGAUUAUUAAGGGAAUGGGUACAUUUAUGCACAAGAGAUAUUUUUGAUAAAAAAAUAGAAAUGUUUGUUAAGACCGAUACUUAAAAUUUGGCUUAUAGAAUAAAUUCUAAUAUUGAAUAUAUUGAAUAUUUUAUUGAACUUUUUGGAUUAUUAGGUAAAAUUGUAGGGAAAUCUUUAUUUGAAAGAAUUCCAAUAAAAGCUUGCUUUGAUAGAACUAUUAUAAAUUAUAUUUUGGGUAAAAAUAAUUUAAUUAGUGAUAUAUAUUAUUAUGAUGAAAAACUUUAUAACUCUUAUAUUUAUUUGGUUAAUAAUACUUUAAAGCCAGACGAUUAUAUAGGAAAUUUUACAAUAGAAAAAUAAAUAAAUGGUAAAAUCUAAAAAUUCGAACUAAUCGAGAAUGGAGAAAAUAUAGAAAUAAAUAAUGAAAAUAAAUUGUUUUUUAUUGAGAAAUAAAUUUAAUAUUUAUGUGUUGAAUUUAUUAAGCCUUUUUUAGAAUCUAUGUGUUAGGAAAUUUAUAAGGUUAUUCCUUUUGAAAUACUAAGUAUUUUCUAAAGUCAUGAAUUAGAAAUGAUUUUAAAUGGAAUAACCUUUAUUAAUUUAGAUGAUUGGAAAAAUAAUACUGAAUAUAAAGGAAAUUACAGUAGUGAACAUCAAGUUGUAAAAUGGUUUUGGUAAAUUUUAAGUGAACUUAAUUAAUAAUAGCUUUCUAGAUUUUUAUAAUUUUGUACAGGUUGUUCAUAAACUCCUAUUGAAGGAUUUAAAAAAUUAGAAUCCAAUAGAGGAGAUUAUUAAAAGUUUGUAAUUUAAUAAGUUGAAUAUGAUAUAAAAUAUCCAUAUCCGAAGUCUCAUACAUGCUUUAAUCGUUUAGAAUUACCUAUGUAUUAAUCAUUAGAAGAUAUGAGAAAUAACAUUCAAUUAAUUUUACAAAGUGAUUUCGAAGGAUUAUUUGGAAUGGAAUGA